CAUUGGGAGAGACAGAGAAAAAGGCAGAAAUAAUGAGUGAAGCUUGGUUAGAAAAGUAAAUCCCAAAAUUGUUAGUGUCUGUGUUAUGAAUUUUAAGAGACUAUAGUAUAGAACAAAAAAGGCAAGGUGUUCAAAGAGGAUUGGUGCAUUUUUAUGUUGUGUUGUUCUUGUCGUGCAGUUGAUGGUGCACCAACAUAUAGCAUAAAACUUGAGGAUUUCAGUGAAAAAUUGCCUCUGAUUGCCACACACAAUAUCUCAUUCUCAUCUCAUCUCCAGCCAAUAGGACAAAUCCAUCGAGGUUGAGGUGCAACGAUGAAAUAGCUGACAAGGCGGUGAGGUAUUGCCGGUCUUGGAGUUUAACAAGAGCAAUUUUCAUCUCAAGGGUGGUAGUGAAUUGUUGUCAAGUGCAAGGUGAUUCAUUUUGAGCCACCCUCAGUAUCUCUUGUGUCAAGUGUUUUUGGGGGAACCUGGAGAAGGUGGUAGAUUAGUGAAAAAUACUCAAAAUUCUUGUGGUCACCACCCACAAGGAGUGUGAGAUUUCUGGUGCAGCCAAGUGAACGAUAUUUUCCAGCAUAUUUCUGUGCCAAAACGCUCAUCUCUGCAGAACCAUGGACACGGUUUACAGCACGAAGAAAUACCUGCAAACUCUCACGGCAGGAAGUGACUACUACAGGAGUCCCAUUUGUAGAGCACUCUCGCACGAUUACACAUCGUACCACAACACCAUGGGACGCCGUUCAACCCUCAACCCCUACACCCACAUGACCAACAAAUACUCCUACCCGACCGACCACAGCCUCAGCAGUCACUAUGGCGGGUACAAUUCGUGGGGCUUAUGGCGGGAUUCUGCCAAUUUGUCACUAUCGGCCCUGUCAUCGACGAAAAAACGGGGUGUGAAAUCCUUUUCAAUAAUCCUGAUGACUGCAGCUUUUAUCGUGGUCCUGGCGGUGCUCUCAGUUGCUGGAUUGGCAUUCUACUUUAGCACGUUUCGCUCAGAAAUGGAUGACUCGCUCCUUGUAUUCGAUGGCUCAUUUCAAGUGAUGCGAGGUGACAUGUACACCACAGGCCUUAAGUACAACCAUACCUCAGCUUUUCGGCAAAAGCAGCAAUUCUACGAACGUCUGAUAGAUAGCGCCAUGGUUAGCGGUGGACUUAGGACAACCCGUUGUGACGUUAUGGGCUUUGGUAGUGGACCACUGGUUAAUGUCAAUUUUCGAGUGUUUGUAGACAUUAAAACUACACCACCGAUGACAAUGACAAAUGUGGAGGAACAUAUAAAGAAUUCUCUGCUGAAUGAAGUCACGUCCUCCAACUCAUCCUUCAAGAACAUAAAAAUAGACCCAGAGUCGAUUGAGGUGAAACGAUCGCUGGAUGUUGAGGCACUCAAGUCGUCGUCAUUUGUCAAGGAAAUCGAUAUGGCAACUGAGGCCACCACCCGAAGUCCACAAUUUGAUGAGCGCAUCACAAAAAAAUCGGGCGUCAUCGAAAAAACUAUUCACAAAUUUUCAUCCUCCACAACACGACAGACACAAUCUCCAAAGCCCACAAAUAGCACUCCAUCCGUCAUCCAGGGAUCAUAUGAAAUCACAAAGACAGAAGCUGACCUUACGUACAGGAAGGAUUAUUCGACAUCAACCGUAGGUACAACGGAUACAGCAACGAGUUUUACUCUAAAGCCGAUUGUCAAUCAAGCUACAAUUAAGGUCAAGAGUUCAUCAAAGAAGGGAGCUGCAAUAUCCACUGUUGAGAAGGUUAAUGCUACAAGGACUCACAAUGUCGGAAAGGUGGAUAAAGUGGAGAAUCCUGUGAAAACCACAACCAACACCCCAGUGACUGUGACACCAGUGACGAGUACUGAGAGUACGACUAGUACGACGGAAAGGGUGGAAAUCAUAAGUGAAACACCUUCAACAACUGCCUCAUCGACCGAGAGUGUGAGUCAAUUGAGCACAGAGACUGCGAAUGACGGCACGAGCCAUGAGAUUGUUGCAAACAAUAAGAAUCCUCCGAAGCUCGAUGUGAGUCUCUUUACCAGCUCCCCGGUGUUGGAUCACGAACCAUGGCGUCCCAUAAACCCAUCAACUCCACCAAGGAAACCCAUAGAAGAGGCGCCAAUUGCUGUCAAGGUAGACACCACCCCACCGAAGGAUGAAGUGGUGCUGUACAGAAAUAGGGGAGACAUCUUGGCAACGGAGAAGACAUUGCCCCUUCCCAUCUACUAUCAAAGUUACACGAAUCCAUCCUUCUCAGCUACAACAAUGGGUAUUGAACGUCUCGGUGCGGCUGAUGUUAAGCCCUAUCCGCUACCAGUGAAUAAGCUAUAUGAUGAAGACGUCAAUCCGGGUGGUUUGAAUCAGGGUGAGGUCAUUCGAAAUAGUCCUGGUUCGGCCAUCAAAGUAACUUAUGAUGACUACGUACCUGGAGACCGAUUUGAACAUCUGGGAGGGGGUGUUAUUGUGAAGAAGGCUGAAUCGACCGAGACGCCGCAAAACAAUUCAAGUUCUGAAGUCCUUGACAUGUCAACAUCUGAAAACGAAGAAACAACAACGUCGCUAGGUGGCAUUGAAGAAGCCGAUCAAUUAGGUGACAUACUCUAUGAUUUGCUAAAUACAAGCGAAGAGAGGUAUGGCCUAGGAGAUGGAGUGAGUACAACGGAGAAGAUCAAUUUCAACAAUAUUCGAGAACAUGUUCUCAAUAUGUCGCGAAAUUCGAAUCUGAGUGAAAAUACAACCGAAUACUCAAGUGAACGCACAUAUACAACGUCACUACAACAGCAGAAUGUUACAACAGCAACAACUGAUGCUACAACUAUUGCAGAUAUGUCAGCAGAAGGUGGAACAACAUCUUCUUACGUUGAAGUUGAAACACUCAACUAUACGCCAGCUUCUUGGGAUCCUCCAGCACUAUUUCCCAUCCAGACCAAAUGGGAGUUUGUUAAUGGGUCUUCAGUACUAGUUCCUGAGACAAUUCCCAUGAAGAGAAUCUACAACGACACCCUCCAAGCCUGGAUUGUUGAAAAUUCACAACAAGAACAGGAACCCACAAGGUUGCAAGAACUAACAUCUAAGAAACACGAGUCCGGCAACAUACAGAACAUCUCAGCGAUUUUCGAUACUCUCGCUUCGAAGUUGGGGAUAACGCCCAAUAUUGCCAGUAAAGUACCACCUUUCCAUAUCUCUAAGAAAAAUCGUACGCGUAUUUCCACAACAACAGAGAGCCUUAAAGACACUACAACAAUGAGAGUAACAACAACAGAACCUAUUUCAACUACAGCACGAUCAACAAAAGCGUCUACGUCUAGGAGAACAACAAAACGAACCACAACAUCGACAGUUGCAUCAACAACAAAAGAUAAUCCAACAACCACAACAGAGGCUGAUUCACCUGUAAUAUUGGUGCGAUCGUCAUCGGAAACGACGCCCAAUCUAUCAGCUGAAACUAUCUCAGGCAUGGCCGAGGUUGAAGAAGUUGAUCCAGCCGUUUUCGAGGAGAUCAUGAGGAGGUCAUCUACAACAAAAAUGCCACCGCUGGUUACACUUCUGCCAGCAAGGUCUAACCUGGCUGUGAGAACCUUCCGACCACCGAUCAAACAUGUUGAUAGUCGAAAUUUCAAGACACCCCUAGCUAGAAUAGUUACAGCUAGCAUGAGCGUUGGGAACUAAACAUUUCACUGCAAUCUUCGGGCCCAAAUAGACUCAGGCUGAUUCUCGAGAAUACUUAGCAUACAAAAUCUGGCAGUAAAGGAUCCGGUAAAGGAAUUUGAUGCAAAGAAGUUCUAAUUGAUGAUCCUAAGACCACAGUGUAUGACAGUUCGGGAUACACGGUGAAAACUUUCGGCCACUGACCGAAAUAUUGGAACAAAUUUACUUUGGAACAAAUAUUUUCGAAACAAAAUUGUAUCUGAAGAAGACAUUUUAAUCCCAAAUACAUACAAAUUUGCCCCAAAUAAAUACAAAUUUUUCCCAAAAAUUUGGGUGUCCGUAUGCGAGCUAAUUUUGGAUCAAAUAUGUGCCGAAAUUUUUUACCGUGUAGAUCUUUAUUGAUGAAGUUUACAGGCUAAAUGUUCUCGAGGAUCAGCCUGGGUCUAUUUAGGUCUUUAGGCCUCAUGCAAGUGCUGAUUCUCUGAAAAACGUAGGUUUUUUUUUUUUUAAGAAUUUUGAAGUUUGCAUUAUUUUGAUGGUAGUUUCUCCAUAAAUUAGGAGAGCUACCUUGAGUACAGUAUUGUAUAAAUAUCAUGAAAGAAAACUUAAUGGAAUUUUCUUCUAUAUAAGUUUAUCAACACGAAUCAACAAUAUUUGACUUGAGUUUUUCUAGAGUUUGUAAUGUGUCUUCAAAGUUUUUCAGAGAUGUUAUUUGAUCAAUUUUCUAAAUCCUAAAUAAAAGAGAGAAAACGUAAUUUUAACUGAUUCUGAAAUAUGUAAUUUGAAAGAAAUUUUUCAGCAAUGUAUAACAUUAAAAUAAACAUAUUUCUUUUGUUACUUCUCUUCAAAACUGUGUGGAAUUACGGCGUAAGAGAAGGUGGUUAACUUCCGAAUGCACCGAACAUAGAAUAUAGCAAUUUUUUCGAUUUCUCUGACAAGGUUUUUAUAAAUUGAAUACAAUUUCUUGUUCGGAAGUAAACACCCUUCCCCUACGUAGAAUAACUUUUGUUUUACAAGCAUGUGACCCAGAUAACUUAGAAUUAGAUUUUGUUCACUCAAUAAAAUGUCAAACACGUAUUGAGAAACAAAUGUCAAUUAUAUCUUGCACAUUUUGCGCAGAAUAACUUUUCUUUUGUGAACCUGUGUACGACAUUGGGUAUUUGUGAAAGUAUAUAUAACAAUACCAAACUAAAGUUAUUCUAAUAAUUGAGAAAUUAAAAGAAAAUUGAAUUAUAUAAUAAAAUUUCGUAAAUGUAUAUUUAAUCGUAAAUUUGAGACUCUCUAUUAUGCAUUUUCCAACGAUUUAUUGUGCAUUUAUCCAUUAUAUGUAAUCUAGAUAGGGUAUGACAUUUAGAUUACACUUAAAGAUAUUAAUAAACUUGAUGAAGUAUGAUUUAGAAUCCCUUAAGUAUUGGAUAAGGUUAAUUAUGAUGUUUUGCAUUAAAAUUGUAUCAUCUUGAACCAUGUUGUUAUCUCACACUGCAAUCAAGAUGGACUAUACAGCAUUCCAUCCACAGAGACUUUAGUGCAUAAAUAACUGUAGUAAACAAGUAUGAGAAGAACUUUGUAAACAAUGGCAAUAAAUGCAUAUUAAUAACUUA